AUGGCAAUGGCAAAAAACAAAACACUAUGUUUUACAUGUAAUAAAGAUAAAAUAACAUAUCUAUGUGAAGGAUGUUUGAAAAACUUUUGUUUAAUGGAUUUAACAAAACAUCGUCAAAUAUUAAAUCAAGAACUACAUCAUAUUAUUACUGAUCACCAUCAAUUUAAACAAAUAUUUAAUGAACAAAAACCGAAUUCACAUGAUCUUUCUUUAAUAGAUCAAAUCAAUCAAUGGGAAAAAAGUUCAAUUGACAAAAUUAAACAAAAAGCAAAAGAUUGCAUAGCAAUUGUCGUUAAAUCUUCACAAACAUUUAAUGAUAUUGAAAAGAAAUUUAAUGCUUUAUCUGAACAAAUAAAACAAAUCCAUAAAGAAGAUGAAUUUAAUGAAAUUAAUUUAAAUUAUUUAAAAAAUCAAUUAAUAGAAAUUACAGAAGAAUUAAAUAAUCCAUUAGAUAUUUCUAUUCAGCAAGAUUCACAACCAUUCAUUAAUGAAAUUUCAAUUAUUUUAUCAAAAAAACCAAAAUUUAAUAAAUGGAAACAAGAUGCCAUCACUGUGGCUGGUGGAAAUGGGAAAGGACAAGAACUAAAUCAACUCCAAUGCUCUCUUGGAAUCUUUAUUGAUAAAACGAAAAAUAUUUUCAUUGCUGAUUUUUGGAAUCAUCGUAUUGUUGAAUGGAAAUGUAAUGCAAAGCAAGGACAAAUCAUUGCAGGUGGAAAUGGCAAAGGAAAUCGAAUGGAUCAAUUAAAUCGACCAACAGAUGUGAUUGUUGAUCAACGAAAUCAUUCAAUAAUCAUUGCUGAUUCUUUAAAUAGACGAGUAAUUCAGUGGAUGAAUCAAAAUCAACAAAUUCUUAUUAAGAAUAUUGACUAUUGGGGCUUGGCAAUGGAUAAACAUGGAUUUCUUUAUGUUUCCGAUUAUAGGAAAAAUGAAGUGAGACGAUGGAAAAUGGGAGAAUACAAUAAAGGAAUUGUAGUGAUAGGUAGAAAUGGAAAAGGAAAUCAACUCAAUUUACCUCGCUUUAUAUUUGUUGACGAAGAUCAAUCUGUUUAUGUAUCAGAUUGGGGAAAUAAUCGUGUGAUGAAAUGGAGAAAAGAUGCAAAAGAAGGAAUUGUUGUUGUUGGUGGGAAUGGUGAGGGAGGAAACCUCAAUCAAUUGUCUUCACCCGAAGGAUUAAUUGUUGAUGAUUUAGGUCAAAUCUAUGUGGCAGAUGUUGGGAAUCAUCGAGUAAUGCGUUGGUGUGAAGGAAAAGAAGAAGGUGAAAUUGUUGUCGGUGGAAAUGGUCAAGGAAAUCAAACACAUCAAUUGAAUCGUCCCAUGGGUUUAUCUUUUGACGACGAAGGAAAUCUUUAUGUUGUUGAUUCUUGGAAUCAUCGAAUUGAAAAAUUUGAAAUAAUUUUGUAA